AUGCUGAACUCCAUCAUCAAGGGGCAGUUAAUGAUAACUGAUGAUGUAGCUUCUACAGUUGAAAGAGUCAGAACAGAAGUCUGCAAGAAGUACGAUGAUUUGCAUCAAAAAUUCAAGGAACUGUCUGAUCGGCUUAUUACUACUGCAGAAAUCCUCCCUACCAAAAGGAUGUUGAUGAGAGAAGAAUUUUAUGCCGUAGAGUCUUGUAAUGUAAUGAAUCUCAGAAGGGGUAAGGUCAUCCCAUCCGGAGAGGGAAAGCCCAAUGGUUUCACCUGA